AUGCAAGUAAAGCAAAUUUUACUAAUAACUUUGUUGGUUUGCAGCUCUUUUGCCUUAAAAAAUCCUAUUUUUUUGAAUGAAACUUUCUAUCCAGGAUUGAUCAAGACAAAUAAAGACAGUGAUUUGUUCUACAUUCUAUUUGAGUCUCGUACAAACCCUUCUUCAGAUCCUCUUGUAUUAUGGUUGAAUGGUGGUCCUGGAUGCUCUUCUUUACUUGGUCUCUUUGAAGAAUUAGGUCCUUACAAGAUUACUGAUAACAUCACUCUCACUUCAAACCCCUACUCUUGGAAUACUAAUGCUAACGUUAUCUUCGUUGAUCAGCCAGUAGGAACUGGUCUCAGCAAAGUAGGCUAAAACGAUUUAGACAAGAGUGAAGUUAAAAUUGCAAAAGAUAUGCACCAUUUCCUCACCAAGUUUUUGGAAAGAUAUCCUUAAUUUGUUGGUCGUGAUUUCUACAUUGCUGGUGAAUCUUAUGCAGGUUAAUAUAUCCCAGCUAUCAGCUCUUACCUUGUCAACACUGGUGACAUCUAAUUAAAUUUCGUUGGUGUUGCUAUCGGUAAUGGUUGGGUUGAUCCUUAUUAUUAGCAACCAGCAUAUGCUUUAUAUGCUUACUAAGCAGGCCUUAUUGAUUAAGCAACUUACAAUACUACUGCUUAAUAGCUUGAUGUUUGCUCAUAUAUUAUCAAAGUUAGAGCUCCUUAUAAAUUCUAAAGUGAAGCAUGCGAUCCUCCCUUUGGAACAAUUGUAGGAAACAACAACUUUAAUGUUUACAAUUACAAAGCUCCUUGCAUCGGUAGUGGCUGCUACGAUGACUAAGAUUUGAGAAUCUAAAAAUUCUUAAGCAGAGCAGAUGUUCAAGAAAUCUUAGGUGUCUAAGGCAGAACAUGGAACGCUUGUGUUGACAAUGUUUAUAAUGCCUUGUAAAACCUCUAAAAUCGUUCAUCAACAAAGGAUCUUCUCAAUGUUAUCGAUGCUAAACUUAAAGUGCUUAUCUAUAGUGGUAAUCUCGACUUCAUGUGCAAUUACAUUGGAGGAGAACAAUGGACUAAUAACUUAGAUUGGUAAUAUAAAAGUUAGUUCUAAGCAGCAUAAUACCAACCUGUCCUAUUAAAUGGCAAAGAAGUAGGAAAAAUAAAAAGUUUUUCUAACUUCUCAUUUUACAUUGUUUAUAAUGCAGGUCACAUGGUACCUAUGGAUCAACCAGAAGUUGCAUUAUCAUUAAUUAAUAACUUCAUCCAUUAAUGA